UUAAAGACGAGUUAACUUUUAAAAAACUCGUAGCUGUCAUUUGAAUUUUAAUUGACAUUUUCCUAGUUGAAGAAAAUAAUUAGCAUCCACAUUGCAAUUAGUGUGUGAUGAGUCGAGAAGUAUAUCAUUUCAGAAUAUAUCUUUGUAGAGAAGAAAAUUUUUAAAGGGUUACACGUUCAGUUAACUGUGCUAUUUACAACUUAAAAGUGACAAAAAUAAUAUUUUCUAGAAAUCAUUAAAUAGAAAAAAACAAGAUUACAGACUUGAAUGAGUUUAAAAUGAUAAGUUAAAGCAGCCAAAUUGUAAAGAAAACAACAAACUAUUGGAGUAAAAUGCAAUAAAGGAAACAUUCAAGAUACUUGGGAUUAUGAACUUUGGAUUCUGGCUGAUAUUGAAACUGUUUUCUCUUAUGCAUUUUGAUCGAAUUGUCAGUAAAUUUUAUUUUGCUUUAUUAGUUUGAAAUUCAUAGCAAUUAUUGAUUAAGAGAGAAAGGUUUAAAAAAUAAAAGUAUUGUUAAGGAGGAGUGUCAUUGUCCUGAAUUUGUUAGAAUGGAGUUACAAGAGACCGGCACAGACACACUGAACGAAACGAUGUGGCUUGAUCAGUCACCAUCACCAUCGUAUCAACAAUUAUCACCGCCUGUUCAACAGGGCGGACGCAACGUCGUUGCUACUCAACAAAUAUCUAUGGGUUAUCAAAUACCAGAUGGAGCAAUUUUGUGGCAUGAAAAACAUGAAUCGCCAAGAAAUUCACCCGACUCUAAUGAUCCUUUACAAGCUAAUGCUGAUACUCGUGAAAAUUCUCCGUCUGGAGGGGAGCCAUCAACAUCAUAUCAUCAAUAUUUAAAUAAUCGUAAACGACGAUCCAAUGAGAAUAAUCAAAUUAAUGAUUUGGAUAGAAAAUACAUCAAAAGAGAUGGUUCAGUUGGCAGUAAUGUUUCAUCUCAAGGAUGGUCUUCAAAACAAGUGGAGGAAUUUGCUGAACAUUUGGUAGCAGAUUUUGAUGGAUCGUUAUCUGCAAUAGCAGCAAAUGACCUUGUCAAUGCUGUUGCAUCUUAUAAUAUGAGCGAAGCUUUACUGGCGUUGCCCUCACUGACUGUCUUCAAACAGGAAGCUCCGUCGCCAGAAAAUCAAAUCAACAAUUCAAAUUUAAAUCAUGUAUCUCAAAGAAAUAUAAAUGGUUCAUUUCAAAAUGGUGGGAACAUUGGUCUUUUAGUUGAACCUGAUAGUAACAAUAAUAACAACACAACUGGUAAUAAUGUUUCAACAACAACAGCUUCUACAAACAAUAUUGACAGAGAGAAUCAUCAUACCACAGCUUCAGGACUAAAUUCUCGAAAUAUUAGCAACAAUGGAAAAGGGCAGAUGACACCAUAUAAUUUUCAUCAAUUAUUAUAUUCAAAUAAUGAAGAAUUUUCUUCUUCAUCCUCGGGCAAUCACGUUUCAUCAUCUCAACAAGAAUCUGAAUUCAAUGGAGAUACACGAUUUCAAUAUGUCCUCGGCGCAGCGACAAGUAUGGCGAUAAAAUUGACUGAAGAAACUUUAACAUAUUUAAAUCAGGGCCAGCCUUAUGAAUUAAAAUUAAAAAAGCUUGGAGAUUUGUCUGCAUACAGAGGAAGAAUACUCAAGUCUACCAUAAAAAUAUGCUUCCAUGAAAGAAGACUGCAAUACACAGAACGUGAGCAAAUGAUGGCUUGGCAACGUGCACGACCUGGUGAGCGAUUGUUAGAAGUUGAUGUGCCUUUGAGUUAUGGAAUGUUGGAAGUUAGUCAAAAUUCUUUACCAAAAAAUACUGUUGAAAUUACGUGGGAUCCAACCAAAGAAGCCAAUGUUUAUAUCAAGAUCAAUUGUAUCAGUACUGAAUUUACAGCAAAAAAACAUGGUGGAGAAAAAGGUGUUCCAUUUAGAAUACAAGUAGAAACACGUUUGUGUAGUGGCCUACGUCUCCAUGCUGCUUCUUGUCAAAUAAAGGUUUUCAAAUUGAAAGGUGCUGAUCGUAAACAUAAACAAGAUCAAGAAAAGAUACGUCGAAAGCCACUCGAAAAACAGGAGUUGUAUCAAUCAAGUUGUGAAUGUACAGUUCUUACUGAUGUUCCAUUAAAUUUAUUACCACCGUCCAGUCCAAAAUUACGGAAUUCCCAAAGUCCAUUCAUCGCUAGUGACAUAAUUUUAACCCAGAAUAUUAGAAACCCUGGUGGUGGUGGAUCUCCUUCAGAUUCUGGACAAGAAGAUACCAGUGAAGGAUCACCUCAAAUGCCGAGAUUACAAUCUCCUCAAGCUGUUCUUCCAGAUCAGACAUCUAAUCUUGAUGUCAAUAUUACUGGAGGUUUAUUUGAACUUCCAGAAAACGCCAAUCCAAUUCAAACAAGUGCUUGGUUACGUGCUAAUGGCUUCCAAAGUUUAGAAGCAACUUUUAGAGAUUAUUCUGCAAGUGAUUUUCGUCAUCUUACACGAAAUGAUUUGAUUGAAAUUUGUGGUUUAGUAAAAGGUAUUCAGCUGUACAAUAGAAUAAAAUCAAGACCUUUGGCACCUCUACGAACAUUGUAUUUUGCUGUUGAGAAUAAUGACUCUCCAGUAUGGAAAAUUGUAUAUCUUCACAAUCUAACAAGUGAAGCUCUUACAACUGAACUACUCAGCAAAUUUAAUCUUCCUCAAGACCGUUUACAUUCCAUUUGGGUUCAAGGACCUCGGAGUAUUCGCAUUCUGAUUUGCAAUGAGAUUGUGGAAAACAUGAAGGAAGAAAACUUGUAUUUAAUUGAAAUUAUUAAAGAUUCGCCGAAUGAUCGUUAUAAACUUCUUCUAAAACCAUUUUCUCAUGGAUAAAUUUCAAAAUGGGCUAAAGAAUGAAAGGAGAUUAAUCAAAAAGGACGUGAUUGAGUAGAUAUUCAGGAAUAAUUUACAUCAACUAUUCUUCUGAUAUUUUUAUAUAACAACAUCUGUCAAUAUUGUAUUAUCAACUAUUUUUCUAUCACGGUUUAACUCAAUAUCGGUUGACAGUUGUACUGUAUUUUUAUCAUGAAGAUUUUACAGUCAAUACGUAGAUUGAUGAAUUUUAAUUGACAACUAAAUAGAAUGUAAUGAAAAAAAAUGAUUACUUUGUAAUUGUUUUAAAGGCAGAAAAACAAAUCUAGAUAUGCAUUCGAAUGAAUAUUAUUAAUUUUAAUUUCUUGUUAUUUUUAUUGAUUCUUUGGAUCGCAAGUAAUCAAAAUAUUUUUAGAAUAAUAAGAGUUUACUAAUUAUCAUUAUUAUUUCUUUAAUUAUAACUGUAAUUGUAAUUGCUAGAAUUAUGGAAAUCACCAAUAUUUUUAUUGCUAUUGAUAACAAUAGCAAUAAUUGUAUUGUUGUUAUUAUAAUGUAAUGUCUAUUUACAGAUUUACGUUGUUAAUAGUUUUAGAAUGACCUUGAGCCAAUAAGAGAUUCAUUUAAAAUAAUUAUUGUACUGUACGAUUAAUUGUAAAUUUAUAAUUACAUAUCUUAUCUAUGAUGAAUUGUUUAGUAUUAGAUUUUCCGAAUUUUCAUUUAAUUCAUUAAUAAUACAAGUAAUUUUAUUUUUAUUCUUAUAUAUUACUUUUAUUAGCAGAAAGAAAAAGUUUUUGAAUGAGAAACGAAAUGAUUGGAAAUAUUUUUCAGCAUGUGGGUAGCUAAUAGUAAAUCUUUAGUUUCAAAUAAAUUUAAUGAAAAUUGACUACAGUCAUACUAUUUUUUUAAAGAAAACUUUAUAGAUUUGUUAUUCAAAUGUAUUAAUUAAAUGAUAUAUUUUAUAAUUAUAAAU